AUCUUGUGUUUCUUUCUGUAGAUCAGAAGAACUAUGCAUCGAAGAAACCAAACUGCCAUCUCUGAAUUCAUUCUCCUGGGACUCUCCAGCCAGGCUGACCAGCAGAAGAGCCUUUUUGUGCUUUUCCUGGGUAUGUACCUGGUCACCGUGGCUGGGAAUGGGCUCAUCAUUCUGGCCAUCGGCUUGGAUCCUUACCUUCACGCCCCCAUGUAUCUCUUCCUUGCCAAUCUGUCAUUCGCCGAUAUUUCUUCCAUUUCCACCUCGGUGCCCAAAAUGCUGAUGAAUAUUCAGACCAAGAGUCAGUCCAUCUCCUAUGAGAGCUGCAUCUCACAGAUGUACUUCUCCAUCGUGUUUGUCGUCAUUGACAAUUUCCUCUUGGGGGUGAUGGCCUAUGACCGCUUUGUGGCCAUCUGCCACCCUCUGAACUACCUGACCAUCAUGCAGCCCAGAAUCUGUGCUUUGCUGACAGUCAUCCCGUGGGUCCUCAGUAAUGCCGUUGCCCUGACACACACCAUUCUGCUUACUCGAUUGAUCUUCUGUGACAGCAACAUGAUCCCACACUUCUUCUGUGACCUGGCUCCUCUGAUCACACUGUCCUGUUCUGAUACAAUGCUCAAUGAGCUUGUGUUGUUUGCCCUGGGCUUAUCUGUGAUUGCCUUCCCCUUUGCUCUGGUCCUCUUCUCCUACAUCUGCAUCGCCAGGGCUGUUGUGAGAAUCUCAUCUUCGGAGGGAAAAUGGAAAGCCUUCUCCACUUGUGGUUCCCACCUGACAGUUGUAUUACUUUUCUAUGGGACCAUUGUAGGGGUUUACUUCUUCCCUUCAUCCUCCCACCCCGAUGACACAAAUAAAAUUGGUGCAGUCGUAUUCACUGUGGUGACCCCCAUGUUGAACCCCUUCAUCUACAGUCUGAGAAACAAGGACAUGAAAAGUGCCCUGCGAAGGCUCGUCAACACGAGAAAAUGUCUCCCUUUGGUGCCUUGGUCAUCUAAAUUCCUUUUCCCUUCAUAA